AUGAAGGGGUGGGGGUACAGCCCGCGAGGCGCAGGCUACCUCUUCGGGUCGGAUAUUGUGAAGACGUUCUGCCACACGAACAAUGUGGAGAUCAUCGCGAGGGCGCAUCAGCUGGUGAUGGAUGGCUACAAGUGGUGGUUUGACAAGAGGCUAGUCACUGUCUGGUCCGCCCCCAACUACUGCUACAGGUGCGGCAACGUGGCGACUGUGAUGGAGUUGGACGAACAUUUGAAUUACCAGUUCAAAACUUUCGAGGCUGCUCCGCCGGAGCGGCGCGGCAUCCCCUCUAAAAAACCGCCGCCAGAUUACUUCCUUUAG